GCAGCCACGCGCGCGUCCAUGCCAGCGCGAGAGGCUGCGGCGGGAACUCCGUGUGCCCCCGUGGGCUCCGGCCGUGGAGCUGUGCGAGGCGCGGGUGCCGACCCAACAGCGUGGGUUUCGGGCAGUCCCGCGGAGACGGCGUCGUGGGCGCCCUCGGCCUGGGCAUGGAGAUGGCCCACCCAGGCGGCGGUGCUGCGGGGGGCGCCGGGUCUCGGAGGAGCGCGCCCGGGCGCAGCCCACCGCGCGGUACCCCGGCCCGCCCCGCCCGGCAGAGGCCCCGUAGCCCGAGGCCCCGCACGACCUCACGCCGAGGGCGCGAGGCCUGCCUAGGAGCCGUAGCCCUGGGGACCCGGCGCCCCCUGGGCGGGAGCCUGGGAGGCCGCUGCAGCGCGAGCACGAGGGCCGCGCAAGCUGAACGCUCCAGCUCCGGGGACGCCGUUCCCAAGGCCCCGCCCCUUCCGCGCCUCUCCGGCCGCCAGGCCCCGCCCCUUCCCCGCCUCUCCGGCCAUCAGGCCCCGUUCCGCCCCGCCCCCUGUGCCGGCCCCGCCCCGCCCCGUCCCAGCGUGCCGUGCGCGGCGGCAGCGCGCGGGCCUCUGGGGCGGGACUUCCGGCGCGCCGGAGCGUCUUCCGGCCGAGCGUGUGUGGCCGCCCGGCCUCCCUGACAUGCAGCCCUCUGGACCCCGAGGCUGGACCCUACUGUGACACACCUACCAUGCAGACACUCUUCAGACUCCUCUGGCUUGCUCUGGCCUGCGGCCCUGUUCACCCUACGCUGUCAAAGUCAGAUGCCAAAAAAGCUGCCUCGAAGACACUGCUGGAGAAGAGUCAGUUUUCAGAUAAGCCAGUCCAAGACCGGGGUUUGGUGGUGACGGACCUCAAAGCCGAGGACGUGGUUCUUGAACAUCGCAGCUACUGCUCGGCCAAGGCCCGGGACAGACACUUUGCUGGAGAUGUACUGGGUUAUGUCACUCCCUGGAACAGCCAUGGCUAUGAUGUCACCAAGGUCUUCGCGAGCAAGUUCACACAGAUCUCGCCCGUCUGGCUGCAGCUGAAGAGGCGUGGCCGUGAGAUGUUUGAGGUCACCGGCCUCCAUGAUGUGGACCAAGGGUGGAUGCGAGCCAUCAGGAAGAAUGCUAAGGGCCUGCACAUAGUGCCUCGGCUUCUGUUUGAGGACUGGACUUACGAUGAUUUCCGGAACGUCUUAGACAGUGAAGAUGAGAUAGAGGAGCUGGGCAAGACCAUGGUCCAGGUGGCAAAGAACCAGCAUUUUGAUGGCUUCGUGGUGGAGGUCUGGAACCAGCUGCUAAGCCAGAAACGCGUGGGCCUCAUCCACAUGCUCACCCACCUGGCCGAGGCACUGCAUCAGGCCCGGCUGCUGGCCGUUCUGGUGAUUCCACCCGCCAUCACCCCUGGGACCGACCAGCUGGGCAUGUUCACGCACAAGGAGUUUGAGCAACUGGCCCCCGUGCUAGAUGGUUUCAGCCUCAUGACCUACGACUACUCGACAGCGCACCAGCCUGGCCCCAACGCACCGCUGUCCUGGGUUCGAGCCUGCGUCCAAGUCCUGGACCCCAAGUCCAAGUGGCGAAGCAAAAUCCUCCUGGGACUCAACUUCUACGGUAUGGACUACGCAACCUCCAAGGAUUCCCGGGAGCCCAUUGUUGGGGCCAGGUACAUCCAGACACUGAAGGACCACAGGCCCCGGAUGGUGUGGGACAGCCAAGCCUCGGAGCACUUAUUCGAAUACAAGAAGAGCCGCAGUGGGAGACACGUCGUCUUCUACCCAACCCUGAAGUCCCUGCAGGUGCGGCUGGAACUGGCGCGGGAGCUGGGCGUCGGGGUGUCCAUCUGGGAGCUGGGCCAGGGCCUGGACUACUUCUACGACUUGCUCUAGGUGGGCACAGCGGCCCACGGCGGACGGGUUCUUUCCUAAGCCCUGGAGUGAGUGACCGGGUGUCAAAUACAGGCCUACGCUCCAUUUGCUGUGA